AUAACAAACGGAAUAGGAUAGAAGGGAGAGAGAGAAAAAAAGAGAAGAAAGAGAAGAAUAAACGGACAAAUAGAAGAAAGAGGAGGAUAAUGAAGAGGAGAUGCAGAGAGACAGGAAAAAAAACGAUGGAACUGUGAAAUAGAGGGGAGAGAACACAGAGAGAAAAAUAGAGACACAGAACAGAGAGGAAAAAUGAAAGAAAGAGAUAAUUGAUAAAAACUAAGGACUAAGAAGACAGAAACGAACAAACGAAUACAAAGGAAGACCAAAUAUCAACAUGUAUUCGUGUAACCAAUCUUCGUUAGUAGUGGAGAGACAGGAUAGCGCAGAAGAAGGCUUCUCCCCACCCCCUCCCCACCCAGCCAAUCCCUCCAACCCAAGCUAACCGGGAAUAGAAAGUGAACAACAAAUGGUAUAAGAAAAAAAAAGUGAAUGAAUGAAUAGUGAAAAAGAAAAUAGAUAUAAGAAUUUUGGAGUAGUGUUAGCGUGAAGGUUGUGAUAAGGUGUAGCGUGACUCGCGUGGCGGCGUAGUGUGGGUGUGUGGGGGCGGUGUAACAGUGAGGAAGACACACACACACACACACACACACACACACACACAGAGAGAGAGAGAGAGAGAGAGAGAGAGAGAGUGGACAUACAGACAGAGAUAUGCGCUAUGUCCCCCAACCUGGAGCAGCCCCAGGACUCCCCCUCCCCCUCCAGCGAGACCAGCGAGGCCGGGGUCGGCGUGCCCUGCCCAGAUCCCCGCCAGGAGCAGCCGUGGCCCAGACAAACGCGCCCCAAGUCUUCUCCUGGGGGAAGACUGGGGCGGCGCGGAUCUGCGGGCUGGGAGGAGGCGCUGGUGGUGGCUGAUGUGGAGGAAGAGGAGGUGGGCGCGGUGGGCGGCGUGGGGUGGAGGCAGGAAGCGCACUCAUGGGGUCAGGACACCGCCCACGCUGGGGUUCGCGGAGCACACGACGACGCGGACGAUGAUGAGGCCGGGUGGGCUGAGGGCGGACCCGUGGCCACCGUCAAGUUGGUGCUGGAGACAGGCGUGGGUGUGAUCACACGUGCGUGGGCCCUCAACCAGCCCCUGCACGCCCUCAGGACCCAGCUCAGCCACACCACGCAGGUGCCCGCCCAGUACGUGCAGCUGGUGCUGCGCGGGCGGAUGCUGGGAGACGAGGCCACACUGCGGGGCGUGGGCGUUGAGGCGAACGAGACGGUGCAGGUGGGCGUGUCCUCCAAGCGCCCCCACACCCACCCUCUCACCCUGCUGGCGCCCACCUCACCCCCGCUGCCCACCCCGGACGUCAUCACUGUCAUAGUGGCGGAAGGUGGCGGCGUGGAGCGGGAGGUGGUGGUGGAGGUGGAGUGGGCGAGUGGACCAAAAGUGUGGCUGGGAGGAUUCCGGCACAAAUUGUCUGGUCUGCACUACCACAACGCCGCCACACAGACCCUCGCCACCACUAGACCAGCGCCCGGAAGGGUGACCCGCGGAAGCCAGACAGUGUGGGCGCGAACACGAGGGACCCAAACCCGCCGCCACGCCCACACCCAGACCACUACCCUGCAUCCCUUGCUAGUCACGCCCACCCCGACGAUCAUCACCCCGCGCCCAUAUGUUCCCGCUAGACACUAUGACGUGGCUAAGGUUGUGAUGGUGCAAAAAAUCGUGCGAGGUUUUCUUGGCCGGAGAAGAGCAACGAGGAUGGCAAGGGUGAGGCUAGCAGCGGCGUCGUGCACGAGACGGGUGAGUGAGGCGGGCAGUGAGGAGCAGCGCUUGGCCGUCACCGUGUCCAGCCCGAGCACCGAGGAGGAUUUGGACUCAGACCAACAGCGGCGAGAGUGGCUGGUGCCCCUGACGCAGCUGUACGCGCGGCUGGAGAACUGGCGGCGCAGACAGGUGGCGCUGGUGACGGAGACGCUGACGGGGCGGGAGCGGCGAGCAGCGUUGGUGGCGCUGCUCGAUAAGGAGACGGAGUUACUGAGGGCGCUGGAGGCUCACCGUGGGAUACGCACGGCGCGACGCAGAAACGCAGCUGUAGCACACUUCCUGCAGGAGGUGGCGCGGCCUCAGGUGUGGGCGGUGAGUGGACGUGUGGGCGGCGUGGAGGUGGAGACGCCAGACACUCACCCCAUCAGGACCCUGGCGGCACUAGCGACGGCACUCACGCAGGACGCCACGCCCGAAGUGCGCGCCCACCACCUGCACACCCUCACUGCCACGGUCGCCAAUCACCAGGGCGUGCAGGGUGCUGGGCGGGGCGGGCAGCGUGUGGCGGGGGACCUACAGAGGUUGGCAGGGCGUGGCAUCUCCCUCCUGGCGCGGGGAACCUCCGACGCACGACUGAGAGGACUAAGGAAACGAUUGCACGGCCUUAUUCUUACCUACCUACAGGAAGUCCAGAGUCGCGUGCCUCCUGUGGUUACACCCAGAACGGUGCGGGCGGCGGGGGCCAGGCCAGUACUCCAGCCCACCCGCCUCUCCUGACACUCCGCCAAGGGAAAACGCAACAGCAAGCGUCUCUAGUCCGUCCUGGUGGCACCGUGAGUGAGAAUCUGCGCCGCCACUUAGGAAGGCAAGUAAGGCUGCUGGGAAGACCUGGGACUAACAUACGCUGGUCUUCCUCACUGCCUGAGAGAGAGCUGUUUCUACCUCCCUAGAACACAAGGAAGACUGCCGGGAGGACCUCGAGUGUCUGUAAACCUGUCUAUUUCUUUAAACUGGCAACGCUGGGACCUACAUAUGCUGUUCUUCCUUCAUUACCUGAGAGAAAACUGCCUGAACACAAGGAAGGCUGCUGGGAGGAUCUCAAGUGUCUGUAAACCUGUGUACACUUCUCUUAAGCUACUGGAAGAUUCUCGAUAACUGACAGAAAUGGGACUUAAUUACAUGUGCUGAUCUUCCUUCACUACCCGAAAGAGAUGUGUGUCUGCACCUCUUAAGAACAUAAGGAAGGCUGCCGGAAGAAUCUGUUGUGUUUGAGAUCUAACUGAACCUAAGCUAUAACUGAGAGAACUGGAUUCUACUACAUUCAGUCAGUUCUUCCCGUCAUUGAGAGGAGAGGAAACUGUGCCCACUUCUCUUUAAGAACAUUGAGAAUUCUUAGCAAG